AUGGGCUUUUUCAACCUGAAGCAAGCAAGUUGGCAGCUGCCAUCCGCAUUUCCAGUUGUUUUCAUUUAUCUUCAAAAUCUCACGAAGGUUUGUAACAGGAGAACUAAUAAAAAUCAGCAAGAUAUGAGCCCAACAGAGCAACCAACAAAUGUUUAUUGUGGAGGAAAUUUUAUACGGGCUUUUGUUUCAGACUUCGAAAAUUUAACAUAA